AUGUCUGCAGAGACUUUCGAGUUUCAGGCCGAGAUUUCUCAGCUCCUCUCCCUCAUCAUCAACACUGUCUACUCGAACAAGGAGAUCUUCCUACGAGAACUCAUCUCGAACGCCUCCGAUGCGCUAGACAAGAUCCGAUAUGAGUCUCUUUCAGAUCCGUCCAAGCUCGAUUCGGGCAAGGACCUGCGCAUCGACAUCAUCCCCAACAAGGAGAACAAGACCCUCACAAUCCGGGAUACUGGCAUUGGCAUGACCAAGGCCGACUUGGUGAACAACCUCGGCACCAUCGCCAGGUCCGGCACCAAGCAGUUCAUGGAGGCCCUCACCGCCGGCGCCGACAUUUCCAUGAUUGGCCAGUUCGGUGUCGGUUUCUACUCAGCUUACCUUGUGGCUGACCGUGUUACCGUCGUGUCGAAGCACAACGAUGACGAGCAGUACAUCUGGGAGUCGAGCGCCGGCGGCACCUUCACCCUCACCCAAGACACCGAGGGCGAGCAGCUUGGUCGCGGCACCAAGAUCAUCCUCCACCUGAAGGAUGAGCAGACCGACUAUCUCAACGAGAGCAAGAUCAAGGAGGUCGUCAAGAAGCACUCCGAGUUCAUCUCCUACCCCAUCUACCUCCACGUCGUGAAGGAGACCGAGAAGGAGGUGCCUGACGAGGAUGCUGAGGAGGUCGAGGAGGGCGACGAGAAGAAGCCCAAGGUUGAGGAGGUCGACGAUGAAGAAGAGGAGAAGAAGGAGAAGAAGACCAAGAAGGUCAAGGAGACCAAGGUCGAGGAGGAGGAGCUUAACAAGACCAAACCCAUCUGGACACGGAAUCCCCAGGACAUCACCCAGGAGGAGUAUGCGUCCUUCUACAAGUCACUCUCCAACGACUGGGAGGAUCACCUCGCUGUCAAGCACUUCUCCGUAGAGGGUCAGCUGGAGUUCCGUUCCAUCCUCUUCGUUCCCAAGCGCGCUCCCUUCGACCUGUUCGAGACGAAGAAGACCAAGAACAACAUCAAGCUCUACGUCCGCCGCGUCUUCAUCACCGAUGACGCCACCGACCUGAUUCCCGAGUGGCUGAGCUUCAUCAAGGGUGUCGUCGACUCCGAAGACCUUCCGCUUAACCUGUCCCGUGAGACCCUUCAGCAGAACAAGAUCAUGAAGGUCAUCCGGAAGAACAUCGUCAAGAAGACUCUCGAGCUCUUCAACGAGAUCGCCGAGGACCGCGAGCAGUUCGACAAGUUCUACUCCGCCUUCAGCAAGAACAUCAAGCUUGGCAUCCACGAGGACUCGCAGAACCGCCAGCAGCUCGCCAAGCUGCUCCGCUUCCACUCCACCAAGUCCGGUGACGAGACCACCUCGCUCUCCGACUACGUCACCCGCAUGCCGGAGCACCAGAAGCAGAUGUACUACAUCACCGGCGAGUCGCUCAAGGCCGUGCAGAAGUCUCCCUUCCUCGACGCGCUCAAGGAGAAGAACUUCGAGGUUCUCUUCCUCGUCGAUCCCAUCGACGAGUACGCCAUGACGCAGCUCAAGGAGUUCGACGGCAAGAAGCUCGUCGACAUCACCAAGGACUUCGAGCUCGAGGAGACCGAGGAGGAGAAGAAGGCGCGCGAGGCCGAGGAGAAGGAGUUCGAGCCGCUCGUCAAGUCGCUCAAGAACGUCCUUGGCGACAAGGUCGAGAAGGUCGUCGUCUCGCACAAGCUCAUCGGCUCGCCGUGCGCCAUCCGCACCGGCCAGUUCGGCUGGUCCGCCAACAUGGAGCGCAUCAUGAAGGCCCAGGCUCUCCGCGACACCUCCAUGUCUAGCUACAUGAGCAGCAAGAAGACCUUCGAGAUCAGCCCCAAGAGUCCCAUCAUCAAGGAGCUUAAGCGCAAGAUCGAGGCUGAUGGCGAGGAAGACCGCACCGUCAAGAGCAUCACCCAGCUCCUUUUCGAGACCUCACUGCUUGUCUCUGGCUUCACCAUUGACGAGCCUGUGCAGUUCGCUGAGCGCAUCCACAAGCUCGUCAGCUUGGGCUUGAACGUGGACGAGGAGGUUGAGACCGCGGAGGAGAAGGCGGAGACGGAGGGCGCGGCGGCUGAGCCGGCCGGCGAGAGCGCGAUGGAGGAGGUCGACUAG